AUGGGUAAGGAGAAGACUCACAUCAACGUCGUCGUCAUCGGCCACGUCGACUCCGGCAAGUCGACCACCACCGGCCACUUGAUCUACAAGUGCGGUGGUAUUGACAAGCGUACCAUCGAGAAGUUCGAGAAGGAAGCCGCCGAACUCGGCAAGGGUUCCUUCAAGUACGCAUGGGUUCUUGACAAACUCAAGGCCGAGCGUGAGCGUGGUAUCACCAUCGAUAUCGCUCUCUGGAAGUUCGAGACACCCAAGUAUAUGGUGACAGUCAGGUUUGUCUACCCUACCACUAUAUGUGCUUCACGAUGCUAACAAGUUGCAGUAUGUGUGCACCUUUUCUUCAUAUCGCUCGAGUUGUCUUUUCUUGUUGCUUGCUUGCUGUUGUUGGUACUCUCGCUCUUGCUGCUGCUACUCUCCUUGCAUCUCGUGCAGCCGCCGUUGCGAAUCGCACUCACUUCUGCGCGCCAUGCAAUGAAGCCUGCACCAGCAGCAAUGAUCUCAAGAGGCACAACGACAAGCAGACAUACAAGGAUACAGUAGCAACCACGCAAGCAAGCAACAUGAACAUUUCGCCUUUAAGCGAACUCUACCACUGACACUUUACUUAGUUGAUGCCCCCGGUCACCGUGAUUUCAUCAAGAACAUGA